AUGAUUAUCCAGAUGACUGUGAUGAUUAUUACGGUUUGUCAGAAGAUAGUGAUAAAGAUGAGACUGUAUUGGGGUUGGUUAUGGGCUUCAGUUCUAUCGUAUCGUAGAUUAUCCGAAGAUGAUUUUGUGGAGGAUCUGAAAUGCCGCACUCUAGAUAGUGAAGAAGUGGAACAAAUAGUCUCCGAUGAUGUAAAUUCCCUUUGCGAGAAUCUCAAGUUUUUUAACGUCCGAUUGGUUCGUUUAGUUAGAAAUUACAAAUCGGAUUUGUGUUCCAUCUGCUUUUCGCCUCCAACUGUUUUGGAUGGUGUAAACACGAAGCAGUAUCCGACUCUAGCUACGGCUCGUUUGUUUGGUAUGAGCUGUGGCCAUAUGUUCUGCCUCGAGUGUUGGCGAGCAUUCUUCAAUGUGCGAAUCUCGAACUCUCAUGUCUCAGUUGUCGAAUGUAUGGCGGCUAAGUGCAGCAUUCGAAUUCCCGAUGACUUUAUUUUUGCAGUACUUAACAAUCCUGAGUCUGUGCAGAAGCACCGUAGGCACAUUCUCAAUGAAGCUCAUCCCCGUCUACGACCCUGUACCGGCACUCAUUGCACACGUGUGCUCUACGCCUUAGAAGCUCCACGAGCCCUGCGCGUAACCUGUGAGGGCUGCGGUACGCAGUUCUGUUUCGCCUGCAGCGUGGAGUAUCAUGCGCCUGCUCACUGCGAGACCAUCAAGCAGUGGCUGCAGAAGUGCCGUGACGACUCCGGAACGGCUAACUACAUGGCUGCACACACUAAGGACUGCCCAAAUUGCGGCGUGGUAAUUGAGAAGAACGGUGGCUGCAACCACAUGCAAUGCCUAAAAUGUCAGCAUCAAUUCUGUUGGGUCUGCCUUGGGCCGUGGCGAGAUCAUCCGGUGGAGUACUACGAUUGCAGCAAGUACCGCAAAUCCGAGGUUUCAGAACGCGAGUCUAGUCGGACACGGGCUAGGGAGUACCUUCAGCACUACCUCUUCUACUAUGAGAGGUGGGAAAAUCACGAACGAAGUCUGCGGUUGGAGGAGAAGCACUACGCAAGCAUUCAGGCACGUAUCCAAUCAAAGGUGCAAAAUGGUGAAGGCACGUGGAUUGACUGGCAGUACCUCCUAACGGCAGCAGAGACGCUGCGCAAGUGUCGGUACACUCUCAAGUACACCUAUCCCUAUGCCUACUGCCCACCAGCCGGGGCUGCACAACGUUUGGCUUUGUUUGAGUACCAACAGGCCCUGCUGGAGGCGGAGGUGGAGGAUUUGUCCUGGAAGAUUGCACGUGCCGAGAUCACGGACCAGGGGGCGUUGUUGAAUAAGAUGAAUAUCUGUGAAAAGCAUCGCAAAACUUUGAUUCACGAGUUCUAUUGA